UCCCUAGCGGGUUAUGGCUCCGCUGCGCUUCUCCGCCAAUGUGUCUUGGUUGUUCCCCGAGCUCUCCGGCCUCCCCGCGCGGUUGCGAGCAGCGGGGAGCUCGGGCUUCGAGGCCGCCGAGGUCGCCUGGCCGUACGUGGAGCCGCCGGAGGCGCUGGCGCGCGCGGCGCGAGAAGCGGGGUUGCAGCUGGUGCUGAUCAACACGCCUCCGGGAGAUCGAGAGAAGGGGGAAAUGGGGCUGGGGGCCGUUCCCGGGAGGCAGGCGGCCUUCCGAGAGGGGCUGGAGCAGGCUGUGCUGUACGCCAAGGCUCUAGGCUGUCCCAGGAUUCACCUGAUGGCCGGCCGGGUACCACGGGGUGCUGAGCGAGCGGCGGUCAGGGGUGAAAUGGAGGCAGUUUUUCUGGAGAACCUGAGGCACGCCUCUGGGGUUUUGGCUCGGGAGAACCUCGUGGGACUGCUGGAGCCCAUUAACACCCGCAUCACCGACCCCCAGUACUUCCUGGAUUCACCCCAGCAGGCGGCGGCCAUCUUACAGAAGGUUGGAAGACCCAACCUCCAGUUACAAAUGGACGUAUUCCACUGGCAGAUCAUGGAUGGGAAUCUGACAGGGAACAUCCGGGAGUUCCUGCCCAUCGUUGGGCAUGUGCAGGUGGCCCAGGUCCCAGGCCGGGGGGACCCCGGCAGCCCUGGAGAGCUGAACUUCCCCUACAUAUUCCAACUGCUGGAAGACGAAGGCUACAAAGGCUUUGUAGGUUGCGAGUACCAGCCUCAAGGAGACACAGUGGAGGGCCUGAGUUGGCUCCGAUCCUACUGGGAUAGGCGGGGCCGCCCACAGGCUGGCCAGUGAGGUUCUGCAGUCCACCCACGUGCCUCUCUGGGACAGCGAGUUGAGCAUCCUGUCUCCUCUGAAUUAAAGACAACCUG